GUCGUUAACUGCGCCGCCGUCAGCCAGCCCGGAGUGUGCGAAUCAUCACCUGAGGUGGCCCGGUCAGUCAACGUACCCAGCCACCUCGCGCACUGCAUGUUGGACCAGGCGCGCAGAAGGGGCCUCUGUGCGACCCUGAUCCACUUUUCAACCGACCAGGUCUACGAUGGCAGCCACGCGUUGUGGAAGGAGGGUGAGCCGUGCGGCCCUGUCAACACGUACGGCAAGACAAAGUGGGAGGCUGAGCAGCUGCCGGAGAGCACCCCGGUCGCCAUUCUCCGGGCCAGCAUCAUUUACGGGCCACCGCCGCCCGACCCCGUCAACCGGGCGCUCUUCCUGCAGUUCGUGGCAUCGGCAGUUCGUGGCAGCCAGCCCACCGCCUUCUUCGAGGACGAGUGGCGCAGUCCCAUCUACGUUCGGGAUUUGGAACGCCUGGUUACACGACUUCUUGCACCUUGGCAGCACCGCAUCUUCAAUGUGGGAGGCCCGGAGAGGCUUUCCCGUGUGGACAUGGCCCGCCAGGUGGCGGAUGCCCUAGGCUGUGGGUAUGACGCCAUCUUGGCCACAUCUACAGCGUCGGUCAACAGGGGGGUGGCAAGUCCUGCAGACAUUUCCAUGGACGUGUCGCGCUUGACAGACGGGCUGCAUUUCCGCACCACCCCCUUUCGCGAGGCGUUGAAG